AUGGGCAGCAGGCUGGACACGCGGACGCUCAAGGACGAGGUGGCGAGCAUGGACAAGCGGUGGCUCGUCGACCUCGGCCACCCGCUCGUCAACCGCGUCGCCGACAGCUUCAUCCGCGCCGCCGGCGUCGGCGCCGCCAGGGCGGUCUCCCGGGAGGCCUACUUCGUCACCGUCGAAGGGCUUGGAGGGGAGACGGCUGGGUUGGACGGCAACGUCAAGAGAAGCAACUUCUCGAGUGUCAGAGGGGAUGAUGGCCAGAAAUCGCUUGAUGCGGUGGUAAAAUCAGCUGGUAAGGAGGCUUUCCAGUGGGGGUUGGCGGCCGGAGUGUACUCUGGACUGACGUAUGGCCUGAGAGAGGUCAGAGGGUGCCAUGACUGGAAGAACAGCGCCGUCGCGGGUGCCGUCGCCGGCGUGGCGGUGGCGCUGACGGGGGACACCGGGAACGCCGACCACAUGGUCCACUUCGCCAUCACCGGCGCCGCCCUUUCCAGCGCCGCGAGCCUGCUCUCCGGCAUAUUCUGAGCGAUUCGAGCCUGAAAUGAAACGUGGGAGUUUGGAUUAGGGAUUUGUAGGGAAGGUCUCUUGGCCAUGAUGUUGCUACACGACUCCCCAUCACCGUGCUCCUUUGUAUUUUCUCCCUUUCAAAGAAUCACAUCUUUGUUUGUAAGAUCGAUGUACGCAAAGCUUGCUAAAGCUGGAACCAAGCACAACUUGAUGUGAUGUUGCUUCUUCGUUUGUGCUUUCAUGCC